UACAGUAUGUAACAUCGCGGUUAGGUAUGGCUAUAUCCCAUCAGUCAGUUUUCAUUAAAAAUGAUAGAUAGAUAGAUAGAUAGAUAGAUAGAUAGAUAGAUAGAUAGAUAGAUAGAUAGAUAGAUAGAUAGAUAGAUAGAUAGAUAGAUAGAUAGAUUUGCGACAUGUGCCUGUAAUGACCUCCAAACGGCAGGGGGCGUGCUGAGAUGCAAGCGACUCUGCGAUGUCCAGCCUUCAUCAGGUGAUCAUCAUGAAAGUAAACAGGAAGUUGAGAAGAGUUGAAGGAGUUUGACUCUACCGUGAAAAUACUUCAUAAUGGGCAAAAGUUGUAAGGUGGUGGUUUGCGGACAAGCUGCCGUUGGUAAAACCGCUGUGCUGGAGCAUCUUCUAUAUGCCAAUCAUGUUAUCGGCUCUGAGCCAAUGGAGACCCUUGAGGACAUCUACAUUGGCUCUGUGGAAACUGACAGGGGCGUGCGUGAGCAGCUGCGCUUCUAUGACACACGAGGACUGAAGGAUGGCCUGGAGUUCCCAAGGCAUUACUACAGCUUUGCCGAUGGCUUUGUGCUCAUGUACAGCAUUGACAGUAAGGAGUCCUUUAAGCGCGUGGAGGCGCUCAAGAAAGACAUCGACCGCUACCGUGACAAGAAGGAGGUGACAAUUGUAGUGCUGGGGAACAAAGGGGACCUGAAGCACCUGAGGAAGGUGGACUCAGAGGUGGCACAGCACUGGGCCAAGACGGAGAAGGUGCGCCUUUGGGAGGUGUCGGUAUCGGACCGGCGGACUCUCAUAGAGCCCUUUGUCUACCUGGCCAGCAAGAUGACCCAGCCGCAGAGCAAGUCCACCUUCCCGCUGAGUCGCAACAAGAACAAGAGCAGUGGCUCACUGGACAGCUGAGAGACAAGUACACUGAGCCCACAAGUACUGCCUGACACGCUCUCCGACUCGCAGGUGCAGUGAGUGUGGGGGAUGGUGUGAGAAACAUGGUAAUACUUUCGUUGGUGGGAUUAAUGCAGUUAGUUUUUGAACUGCAUCUAAUUAUAUUUAAAAAUAAACAAGUUAAUGAUGCAUUUGACCAAGGGUUCAUGUUAGAUCUUGCCACCGUGACGUCUAUAAAAUGGUCCUUCAUUAACUAUAUAAGUUUCCUUAUCGUGGCCCCAGUGCUAUUUAAUUUCCACUUUUAUUUUGAAAUGCGGGGAUUACUGAACUGUUAAUCAUCUCUGUGUACUUUGUGUGCAAGUACUCUAAUGCAAUCAGGAGAAUGUAAAUUUGUUGCUUGUCUGUUUGUGUAGUUCAGUGAGUGACUUUGAAGUGUCUUCAUCAGCGCUCUGCCUGAUUUUACCAGAUGAUGGGACCAUUAAUGUUGCUUAAUGGGUUUUUUUUUGGUGGUAAAUGUUCAGUGCAACUGCAGCAAUCUGUGUUAAGAUACUGCUAUCAGCUCUUAUUUCCACAAUUUGGAAAUUGGGCACGAAAAUGUGUUACUGUUGCAGAAAUUUAUUGAUAUGUGUCUUGAACAAGAAGUUCUUUCAAGAUGAUUGUGCACAAUAUGUAAGGACAACUGUUACACUGGUUAUUGUUGGUGUUCUUUUGUAAUGUGUAUCGUGACCUAUUUUUAAGAAAUAAUCCGAGUAAAAUUCAAAGCUAAAGUCAAGUAUCAUAGUUUUAUGAAGUUGUUUGUAGUAUAUUACAAUUUUUACUACUGAAAGUAAAUGCUGAGAAUAUUUCAAAACAUUGAGUUUCUAUUUAUCAGUGUAAUGAGUGGUCUAAAUUGAUGUUAUUUUCAAUUUGUUUUUCUUUGGAAGGUUUGAAAUGUCUAUUUUACUGAUAAUACGUGAUUUUAAAUUAAAUAUUGUUCGUCAAUUUCA